AUGAGACAGAUACUUUGUGGACAUGGUUCAUCAGGAAUUCCAGGCCCUCCUCCACCACCUCCAUUGCCAGGUGCUGGGCCAUCCCCACCUCCACCUCCACCUCCACCACCUCUACCCGGAGUAGGUCCCCCGCCUCCACCUCCUUUACCUGGGAUGCCUGGAAUACCACCACCACCGCCACUGUUUGGGGGACCUCCUCCGCCACCUCCCCUUGGAGGAGUUCCUCCACCUCCGGGAAUACCCCUCGAUCUGCCAUAUGGAAUGAAGCAGAAAAAAGUAUAUACACCUGAGGUGUCCAUGAAGAGGAUCAAUUGGUCAAAGAUUGAACCCAAAGAAUUGUCUGAGAAUUGUUUCUGGUUGAAAGUUAAGGAGGAGAAGUUUGAAAAUCCAGAUCUGUUUGCAAAAUUGGCACUGAAUUUUGCUACCCAGAUGAAAGUUCAAAAGAAUGCAGAAGCUUUAGAAGAAAAGAAGACCAUACCUGCAAAGAAGAAAGUGAAAGAGUUGAGAAUUUUGGAUCCCAAAACAGCACAGAAUCUUUCUAUCUUCCUAGGAUCAUAUCGUAUGCCAUAUGAAGAAAUAAAAAACGUCAUUCUGGAGGUUAAUGAAAGCAUGUUGAGUGAGCCCUUAAUUCAGAACCUUGUAAAACAUCUUCCUGAGCAGAAGGUACUCAAUGAACUAGCAGAGCUGAAGAAUGAAUAUGAUGACCUCUGUGAACCUGAACAGUUUGGAGUUGUGAUGAGCUCAGUGAAAAUGUUGCGGCCUCGUCUCAAUAGCAUUCUUUUCAAGCUCACAUUUGAAGAACAUGUAAACAACAUCAAGCCAAGCAUCAUAGCAGUAACUCUGGCCUGUGAAGAACUGAAGAAAAGUGAAAGCUUUAACAAACUUUUAGAGUUAAUUCUUUUGGUUGGAAACUACAUGAACUCAGGCUCAAGAAAUGCCCAGUCUUUGGGUUUUAAGAUCAACUUUCUCUGUAAGAUCCGAGAUACUAAAUCAGUAGAUCAAAAGACCACCCUCUUGCAUUUUCUUGCUGAAAUUUGUGAGGAAAAUUACCGGGAUAUCCUGAAAUUUACUGACGAACUGGAACAUGUAGAAAGUGCAAGCAAAGUUUCAGCUCAAAUUCUCAAGAGCAACCUUGCAGCAAUGGAACAACAAAUUGUUCAUCUGGAACGUGACAUCAAGCAGUUCCCCAAAACAGAAAAUCAACAUGAUAAGUUUGUGGAAAAGAUGACAAUAUCCUUUAUUUAAGCAUUUUAUUUGUUAG